AUGACAACAGCCGACUUGGAAAGCCCCGCCAAUCAAUCCAGCAGCACUUCUCCCAAAUCAUCUUCCGCAAGAUCCUCCGUCUUGGAACGAGCCCGUGCGUACAGUCGCAAAAUCGAGGAAGAAACUGAACGAAGAAGUCAAUCGCCGCAUUCUAGGUCCCAACACAGCCGACCUUCUGGCAAUCGUCCAUCCACACACGCACGAGCCUACGCCAGUCUCGAACAAGAACAAUCUCGUCAACAGGAUAGCACUAGUGUAAAAAUGCAAGAAGGAGGAGGUUCUCCAGCACGCUCACUCCGUUCCAGAGGUGAACGAACCCAUCAAUCUGGUGAGAAUCCUGUUGUUUCUCCGGAAUUGCUUGUGGAUGCCUUGUCGGGACAUGAAGAUGGUUUACUGGCCAUUGCCGAACGAUUGAUGGAACAUUACGAUCAUGGUUACGAUGCCAUGGGAGAAGCCAUCAUUGAUGCUUUUGCCGAUGUUCAGAAGCUCUUUCAACAUGUAGUCGAAGCAGCCCACAUGGAAGGAGCUGCCUUUGAAGCUUCUAGACGUGAGGAAGAAGUGAGAGCCAGAGGAGGCGAGGAACAAUAUAACGAGGAUGGUCAAAAUGGUGGACCACUUUCUCCCAAUGGACCUGGUCGUCACGAUGAAUUUGUCGAUCAAGAUGUUAAGGAUUGUUUGACGGAGGCCAUUCGGAAGGGCACUGUUUUGAAGGAACAGCAAAAGUUUUCAGAGUGCUUUGAAUUGUACGAAAGUGCUUGUGACUCUGCUUCCGCUUUAUUGCCCGUGGAUUCCGAUCACCGUGGUCGAUUGCAACUCUCUCUGUCCAGAGCCCAAAGUAUGGAUCCGGACCGGGCUUGUGCCAUUUUGAGAUAUGCCAUGGACGAUGUUCUCAGAUCAGGAAUGCGAGCCCAUAAGGUUCCCUUGCCAGAUCCUAGUAAGAGAGCGGAUGUGGUUCUCAGCAAACCUUCUGGUCAUCCAACCAUGACUGGAACCUCUGGUCAAGUGAUCCAAUCGAAUGAAGAGGCACUCAAUAGUAUGGUGGAGGAAAUGAAGGAUAUGAUGAGUGCUCCCAUUUACAAGGACACCCCAUUGCAAGGCGUUUCGACACGAUUCUUUGAGGCAUUGAGUGAUUCGCAAAAGCAACAAAAACGACAAGAACAAAAACUGGAACAGAAUCUUGGAAAACUCAAGGGUGAUUUCUUGUUGGCUCGUGCGGAAUGGGAAGAGAAAUUGACUCAUGCGCAAGAGCAAGCAGAACUCCUCAGACGACGGGCUGGUGGAGUGGGCACCGACUCGUCAAUCAUGGACGAUUCACGUAGCAUUGCCCAAAGUCUUCAUUCGAAGUCAAUGCAAGACGAUACACGUUCUACAGGUUCAGGUUUCAACCACAGCAGUUUUACCAAGCACCCGGCUGUUGAAUCAGUAGUUUCCAUGGGCAGUGGCCUUGGAAAACACGCUCGGACUCUAGUUGGAUCCUUUGCGUGUGGAUCGGGUAUUGACGAACCCAAUGGACAAGUCAGUAAUGCGACACAGGCUUGGAGAGAAAGACGGAAUGGAAAUGUGACAGUAGAUAAGAGUCGAUAUGCCGACAAUUACUCUCCCAAUGGAAGAUCCUUUCGAGAUAAUGGACGUCAUGUCGAUGUCUAA